UUGAGAGAUUUCUUGUGAGGCAUAUGUUGUGAGGCUAUUCUUGCUCAAACCUCAUAAGAAAAAAGCUUUAAAAAGUCACCACGUGAGGUGAAAAGCUUUUUGCUGUCAAACAGCUGUUUUAAUAAAAAUAACAGCCCUAUUCUGAAAAAACCAAAACAAAAAUGGACACACAAAUGAAUAAUCAGCAUAUGCGUGCAAAAACGGAGCGGACAACUCAGGAGCAGCUGCAACAUUACGUAAUGUUUUGCAAGCAGCAUCCUGAGUUGCAACGGGCGAAACUAACUCCGACCAACCCUCAAGGGCUGCAAAUACUUUGGUCGGAGUUAGCAGAUAAUUUAAAUGCGUUAAGAGGCCCAACUCGGUCGGCAGCCAAGUGGAAGGAGUCAUUAAUGCAUUGGAAACACCAGUUGCGAUCGCGAGCGCGCAAACUUAAGACCCAUGCGCAAGCGACUGGUGGAGGCCCUCCGAUAAGUGGAAUGACUCCAUUCGAGGAGCAAGCCAUAACCACAUUUGGGGCAGCAGCGGUGGAUGGAUUGCCGGGUGUUGCGACUUUGGGUCAUCAGGUUUUGCCGUUGUAUAUAAAUACACAAGCUCCAGCUUCCUCGCCAACACCAACAUCGCCUGCUCCAGCACCCUCACUAGCAGUCGCAUCGCCUGCUCCAGCGCCAACACCAACAGUCGCAUCGCCUGUUCCUGCAUCUUCACUAGCAGUCACAUCGCCUGCUCCAGCUUUUCCUGCUUUAUCAGUAAAUUUUUCUUCCUCGCCUUCACCUCAUUUUUCUUCUUCACCAUCACCUCCAUCUUCUUCCUUAUCUCCUCCCAUAUUAUCUUCUCCCAUGCCAUCGUCUUCUUAUAUCCCUCCCGAAAAAUUGACUGCAGCGAAGAUGCUUGGAACAGUGCUAAAAAAAAUGGAGGACAGAGAAAAGCGAGAGGAGGAGGCCAUUGCUCUACAAAGAAAAAUUGUAGAGCAAAAUGUGCAGAUGGCAGGGGUGCUGGCUCAAAUGACACAGGCACUGACCUCGCUGUCUGAGGUUAUGGCCAAGUUGUCCCAAAAAUUGGAUAAAUAGUAAUAAAAAUGUAAAAAAUGAAAUAAGAAUGUAAAAAAUGAAAUAAGAAUGUAAAAAAUGAAAUAAGAAUGUAAAAAAUGAAAUAAGAAUGUAAAAAAUAAAAAAAAUUAAAUAAAAUAAAAUGAAUUAUUUAAACAUAUGUAGAUGUCUUUUUAUUCAUUCUUAGAGGAAGUAAAAUGUACAGAGACAGACAGUAACUUACAUAUAUGUAUAUAUAUUUAUAUAUAUAUGUAUUUAUAG